CCGGGAGAGGGCUCUUAGAAUCAUUGAAGUCUCCAAUGGUGGAAAUGAAAAGUAAAGUGGCCUAAAAUUCGACUGUUUGGGACCGUUCCCAGAAUUUAGGAAGAACAUUCAACGAUUGUCCAAUGCUUUUUGCCACUGUCAGGAAAAGUUGUAUCAAUAGGCCCUUGCAUCAGCGCAAAUUCGAUUCGACUCUUAUUGAAGUACAGGGAAGUUGCUAUGUCUCGGCAUGAGGGUGUCAGUUGUGACUCGUGUAACAUAGGAAAUUUCCGUGGGAGGCGAUUCAAAUGUUUAAUUUGCUAUGAUUAUGACCUUUGUGCAACAUGUUAUGAAAAUGGAGCAACAACUACAAGGCACACAGCAGAUCAUCCAAUGCAAUGUAUUCUUACUAGAACAGAUUUUGAACUCUAUUAUGGAGGUGAAGCAUUUACUGCAGACCAGCCACAGUCUUUUACUUGCCCUUAUUGUGGUAAAAUGGGUUUUACAGAGUCUGCCUUACAGGAACACGUAGCAUCAGAACAUAGUGAUGCCUCCAUUGAGGUGGUAUGUCCUGUGUGUGCUGCCUUACCAGGUGGAGACCCAAAUCAUGUGACCGAUGACUUUGCUGCGCAUUUGACACUGGAGCAUAGGGCACCCAGUAGGCCUGAUAUUCUAUACGACGAGCCCCCACCUGUCCGGCACGUCAGACGUUUAUUUCACCCAGCGGUGAGUGGUAGUCGACCGAGACCCCCAAGGCCGCGAGCAGCCAACAUGCACUUUGGAGGAUCAGGGAACAGUGCGCUUGCUUCGUCCUCGUCGUCCUCUUCCACCUCUGCCCGUGAAAGCAUGGACCCUAUAGCUGAGCUUUUGUCUCAGCUGUCGGGCGUUCGACGUGCUGCCCAACAGCCCCAGCCUCCCAUGCAGUCCCAGCUUCAGUUGCUACAACAGCAGUUACAAUUGGAGAGGCAGCAAGUGCAGCAGACCAGAGAGCGGCUGGAGAGACUUCCCGCUCGGCGUCAAAUGGCGGCAGCUGCGGCUGCUGCAGCUGCAGCUGGUAGUAGUGUCACGGCUACGUCAACGGUUAGUGCUCAAGAAAGCAGUAGUUCGGCGUCUUCGUCAUUUCUUCUCUCUAGAGCUAACGAACCGGCGCUGUCAGAAUCUGAACAGGAAGCCUUGGAACGCGAGCGUGCAGACCGAAGCCUGUUUGUACAAGAUCUUAUUUUGUCGACGCUCGGAUCAGCAGCAUUUAGACGCAGGGCUCGGUCGAGGGUUUCGGUCGCCGACGCAUCAAAUGAAUUCGCAAGAUUAACCUUACAGGAUAGUGAGAGGAUUCAAGCGAUUGGAAAUGAAACGCGAUCUGAGUCCCAGGACUUAAAUGUUGUAGAACAAGACAUUACUGUACAAGAUAUGGAGCUUAUAUCACUGGAAACAGAUGAAGACGAAGACAAAGAUUCCUAGCGGAGGAAUCCUUACUUCGAAUUGAAUUUUAUCCUCUGAGUAGGUGCUGAAUUCAUUCAGUGAAAAUAAUUGGCGUUUUGGCGGCCUCAUAGUCCGUGAGAACCCGCUAAUCCUUCACAAAGAAGACAACGAAGCGCAUCGGAAGAAUAAACAGCAAUCUUUAUCUGUACAGACGCCCAUGGGGCAUGUUGGUAGAGUAUCAACUUACCCCUGACCAAAUGCUAAUCUCAGAAAGAAUAGCUAUGACUGCGUUCAUUU